AUAUUAUUGGAGGCAAAGAUGAAAGGAUUAAGGCCUUGGAAGCCAAACAAAAAGAGUUAGAAACACAAGUGGAAGAAUUAGAAAAUGAAGUGGAAAUGGAGCGAGAAGAAGCAGAGAAAGCCUUAGAA